AUGCCACUCUCCGCUCAACUUAUUUCAUGGCGCAAGUUCCGUGCAUACCAGGCACGCAUGAAGACCGGGCAAGUGAGCUUGAUAGUAAAGAGCCACAACCCGGACGAAUUGAGCAGCAAAGCCCUCUGGAGCGAUGAAAUAACUUUCGGGAUUACCAGCUCGCGCGCCACACAGAAGAACCACAGGAUCUUGCUGGAGUGGAUCGAGCAACAGCGGAAGACGAUGCACCCAGCCAAAAACAUACAAACAUCGAACAGUGAAGCUGACCCACAGCACCGAAGAGACAUUGAGACUGCCAAAAGGAAGAGGGAGGAGAACGCUUCGUCUGAUCUGGAUGAUGGAACUCGGGAUUCAAAGAUAAGAAGGCACACUCAAGUGGAGAAUAUGCCACUGAAGGAUAGCGAGGCGGUUACCAGUGCGAAUCUCAGCGCGAGCAUCAGCACCAAAUGCUGA